UGUGUUGAGUCAUCCGAGUCACACGACCUCACUCCUCCGGUCGUCCCUCCCCAUAAUAAAACGCGAUCCAUUUUAUCGGGGCGGCCGGGCGGGCGGCGCGGAUCGGGGGGGUCGAAUCGAAUCGAUGGACCACAAGCCAUGCGCGGCCGUCCUUGAGCCGUUGCUCCCGUCGCCGGCGGAGGGCAAGGCGGCGGAGGCGAAGCGGCUGAUGCGGCUGGCGGGGCCGAUCGUCGCCAGCUGCGUGCUGCAGAACGUGGUCAGCAUGGCGUCCAUCAUAUUCGUUGGCCACCUCGGCGAGCUCCACCUCGCCGGCGCUUCCCUGGCCACCUCCCUCGCCAACGUCACGGGCUACAGCCUUCUCACCGGCAUGGCGAGCGCGCUGGACACGCUGUGCGGGCAGGCGUUCGGCGCGCGGCAGCACCACCUCCUGGGCGUGUACAAGCAGCGCGCGAUGGUGGUGCUCGGGCUCGCCUGCGUCCCGAUCGCGGUCGUGUGGGCGUGCGCCGGCCGGAUCCUGCUCCUCCUCGGCCAGGACCCGCAGAUCGCGGCGGAGGCCGGCGCGUACGCGCGGUGGCUCGUCCCGUCGCUGGCCGCCUACGUGCCGCUGCAGUGCCACGUCCGCUUCCUGCAGACGCAGAGCGUGGUCCUGCCCGUGGCGGCCAGCUGCGGCGCCACGGCGCUCUGCCACGUGCUGGUGUGCUGGGCGCUGGUGUACAAGGCCGGCAUGGGCAGCAAGGGCGCCGCGCUCAGCAACGGCGUCUCCUACGCCGUCAACCUCGUGGUACUGGCGCUGUACGUGAGGCUGUCGGGCGCGUGCAGGGAGACAUGGAAAGGCUUCUCGCGGGAGGCGUUUAAGGACCUGUGGCGAUUCGCCGAGCUUGCCUGGCCGUCCGCCAUGAUGAUCUGCUUGGAGUGGUGGUCGUUUGAAGUCCUUGUGCUUCUGUCCGGUCUUCUGCCAAAUCCUCAGCUGGAAACGUCAGUCCUGUCGAUUUGCCUAAAUACUGGUGCUCUGCUCUACAUGAUACCAUUGGGGCUUACUUACUCCAUAAGCACACGCGUUUCCAACGAGCUUGGCGCUGGGCAGCCUCAGGCCGCUAAGAUGGCAGCAAAGGUAGUCAUGUACAUGGCUUUGUCUGAAGGACUCGUUAUAUCGUUGACGAUGACCCUGCUACGCAACAUUUGGGGGUACGUGUACAGCGACGAGGAGGAGAUCGUGACGUACAUCUCUAAGAUGUUGCCGAUCCUCGGGAUAUCUUUCUUCAUAGAUGGGCUCCAUAGCUCUCUUUCAGGUGGACUCUCACAGAUCAGAUCAGAUGUGCAUCGAAAUCUUGUACAGCGCGUAACUCUGAACUUGUGUUUUGCAGGGGUGCUCACAGGCUGCGGAAAGCAGAAGAUCGGCGCGGCCGUUAAUCUCGGGGCGUUCUACUUGCUAGGCAUCCCAGUGGCUGUACUGCUUGCAUUCGUCUUCCAUCUCAACGGAAUGGGCCUCUGGCUUGGCAUCGUCUGCGGCAGCGCCACCAAGCUGGGUUUUCUUCUGUUUGUAACGUGUUCCGUAGACUGGGACAAGGAGGCAGUGAAGGCAAGGUACAGAGUGUUAGGGUCAUCUCUCCCGUUAGCAUGAAAAAAAUGCCAGUGUUACAUGGAAAUCCCAUUUGAAGGCAGUUGAACAGAACCCAGCAAAGAAAGUGUGGGAAAAAAAAACUUUCUAUAGUUUGGGACAUCUCAAAGUCAUAGAUAGCUACGGGGAAGGCAAGAAGAACCAGAGCCAGUAUUUUUGGAUUCAUCUGUAGUGUUAAAUUUUGUAGCACUGCAAUGGUUUUUCAGGAAAUAUAAUUAGCUGGAUUGAGUCAAA